AUGUCAAGAAUAUUUCUAGAUUUUUUGUUUUUGUUUUUGCUGUUGUUGCAGAUUUCGCUGAAUGGCUACAUUGGCUUCAGUGAUCAUCUGCGGACAAUCCAUGGGUACCCACUUCACUUCCCGACGGAAACGUGGCCGGAAGACAAUGACCCAGCUUUCAUUGGACCUUUUUUCUCCGAAUGCCGCAUCGGGAAACUUAGAGGAGACGAGCGAGAUUUGCGGAAACCCGGAAUUUAUUACAGAGUUGAGAGAGAUUUGCGAACAAGAAAAGAUAGAUUCGGAUUCGAGCUGCACGAAAGACUGCUUUGGGACAUCCGCGAAGGAAUGAUCGGGGCUGAGAUUUUUGACCCGAAACACGCCUUCAUUGUGACCUGGAAGAAUGUCACUUUCAACGGAGGUCAGCAGCCCAGGGCUCAAUACGUGACGAACACAUUUCAAGCAGUUAUCGCCACGGACGAGGUCAUGACCUAUGCCAUAAUGAAUUAUGAACAUCUCGGCUGGACGACCCAUACUGGAGCUGGUGGGUCAACUGACGACGGUCAAGGAGGCACUCCUGCUUUCGUCGGUUUCAACGCUGGCAAUGGAACUCGAGCCUACGAGUACUUGCCGUACUCGCAGAGAAUGCAAAUUCGAGAUUUGCCGAGUUACGGAGGUGCCAACGGGAAAUUGGGCAGACACAUUUUCCGCAUUGAUGAGCACAUUUUUCCUGGAUCUUGCAACCCUGAUCCACAGCGGACGAACCUGCCAUUGUUCUUCGCGCCCGAAUCCGGCAACAUGCUCGGCGGCACUGUCGUCAACGUGACAGGCCCUUGCUUCACGCCCAAGCAAAGAGUGACGUGUCGAUUCGAGGAUUGGGAAGUGGAGGGAAUCGUCAGAGAUGCCAAUAGAGCCACUUGCAUCACACCACCAGGGAUGAAGACUUCCGGAUACAUCGACUUCCUCAUUUCUCAGGAUGGAGGACCGUUUUACUGGAAGGGAAAAUUCUUCAUUGAAACGCCGAUGACAGCCCCUGAAGGAGUUUGGUUUGAUGACAUGAACUACCAGCUAAAAGAGCCCGAGAGGCUCAAUCUCAAGUGGGACUGGAAAAAUUUGACUUACAGUCAAGGAGCCCAAGAAAGUUUGCCAAACAGAGGUGAACUGGAGAUUCUCCCGGCUGAUUUCCUGAAUCGACGCAAUUUGCCCCAAUUGCUGGACAUCACUGUUGGCUUGUUGCAAGUCAAUCUGACAAAUCCCGUGGCAACAAUGGAACUUGACCAGACUCCGGUUCUCUGGAGCAGGCCCAUCCCUCUGGCCUGGUAUUUCGGGCCGCAGUGGAAACGCAAGCACGGCAAGAACUGGGCAGAGAGCAUGUGCCAGGAUUGGAUAAACUUCGACAGGGAAAUGAAGCUGUUUGCCUACGAGGUGCCCAAGUGCCCGUGUCUCAUCAGACAGGCCAUCGCAUCCAAGGCCUUCUACGUGCCUGACUUUUCUUGCGACAAGGACGGAAACACGCAGUGCUACUUCCACCAAGGAGCCCAACAUUGCAUCAGAACAGGGAUGGCCAACAAAGACGCAGCUGGACAACAAUGUUGCUACGAUCGAGACGGGUACUUGAUGAUGACGACGGACAACAAAUGGGGUGGGAACCCUCAACGGGCUCACAACCAAGGAAUGAUGCCCUACAUAGAAGCGAACAAGGUUCCGAGUCUGUCCCACUGGGCACUCGACGUGUCGCCCUUCUACAUGUGUUGCAUGUGGCAAGAUGAGCAGAGUGACGGGUGUGAGACUUACAGGUUCGAGAGAAGGCAUUCCCAGGACUGUGUCGGGUUCCAACCCCCUGGAGCAGCAAAGAGAGAGUAUCGCGCCAUGCAGGCCAGCAUGACGGCUGGCAUCGUGCUGGCUGUGCUCAUCCCCAUCGUAGUGCUCGCAGUGUGUCUCGUCGUGCGCUAUCGGAGGAGUGGACAACGCCACGGCGAAUACACGCCGAAUUACGCAGUCGAGGUGCCAGCGUACGGGAAACCACUGACGAUGGCUCCUGCGCCAUCAGCAGCAGCAGCAGUGAAGGUGGCACCAGCACCGCCGCUGCUGCAAACUGACAACGGGUGA